AUGCGCUCUAAUAGGAAAUUGCCAGCAAGCAGGGCGGAUCCCGUUUGGGGCCGCCCUUGCUCGGCACGUUCAGCCCAUUCCCACCAGAACGACCCCGUCGUGGAGCCUCAGCCAUCCUCUCUCUACCGCAUCACCGACUCGAUCGUAGUCAGCCAGCAGGGCGGAUCCCGUGUGGGACCGCCCUUGCUUGACAACGAGAACUCUAAUACCCAUUCCCAUCAGAACGACCCCACCGCCGAGCAUCAGCCAUCCUCUCCCUGCCGCGUCGCCGACUCAGCCAUAGUCAGCCAGCAGGGCGGAUCCCGCGAGGGGCCGCCCUUUCUUCGCAAGAAGAACUCUGAUACCACCACAAGGCGUCGAAGCACGGUCGCGAAGAAGGCGGAUAUCAAACUCCAGUCCGGUCUCGUCGACGUUGACCAUCCUCGUGUCCCUAUUUCCAAGCAAGAGAAACGCAAGCGCAGACAGUCCGAAGCUAGUGAAAGUGACGAUAUAAUCCUUGAUACAAUUGUGGUAGCCACGGAGGCAGUGGACGUGAUUGGAUCAAGCUCGGCGAUUCCCGGCAAGCAAGCGCCAUCGACAGCUAAAAAGUCGACUCGGAUGUCGCUGCGGACGCCUGUAACAUUCGAUUGUGUCCGUAGGCGCAGGGUUACUAGAUCAAUGGGAAAGAAUACGAUCAGUCACUGCGAGCCCACACCAAGCAAGCAAACAGAGAGCCACAUCGGUGUCGCCGACCUCCCAGUCACUCCUUUAACACAAGGACCUGUAAAGAAGCCGCGCCUAGUUCGAUGCGAAUCUGAAGCUGCACACCUAUGCACCGAUGCUCCGGCCCGCCCGUCGUAUAGCCAAUCCUUUCCCCACGGGCAUGAAACCAUCCUAACACCUAGUAACGGCAACCUCUGUGGGUUUUAUGCCUUCAUCCUGAGCAUGACAGCGCAACACCCGGAAAAGAUAAAGCCAACUGUAGACGAACUCUGUCGGGUAGCGAAGAGCGACGAGAUGAAAGAGAUAAUCGACCUCAUUAAGCUUGGUAGCGAUGACCCAGACCAUGAAGAGACGACAUCAAACUUCCGAGCAGACCACCUCGCGAGGAUAAUCCAGCUCUGGGGUCGCCAGCAUGGUCUCGAUAUCCUUCUUGCCGUCUGGAUGGAUGCCCAGCCGCCUCUGAUAUUAGACUCUGGCGUGAUCACUGCAGCCACUAUCACCGUCUGGAUACACCAUGACAAUGCGGCGGAUGAAGUCAACAAUGUCCUGGGCCACUACUCCGGGAUGAGGCGUGCAGCCUGUAGGGUAAUUGCCGACAGUCAAUCGCCCGUCAGCGUGGCAAGUUACUUGCAGAGACGCAUUCGCUCGACAAGCCCGACCGCCAUCAGCCCAUGUCCCCGCCGUAUUGAUAGGAGUUUGAUUAUCGCGGACAGCCAAUCUCCCGUCAGUGUAACGAGCCCCGAGAGGAGCCUCAUGCUUCCAGAUUCGGCCGUUGAAGAUUCCGCCCCUAUCCAUUGCUCUACGACAAGAGCUAAGGUAGUGGCAAGCACCCAGUCACCAGUCGUUAGGGCGGAUCCCGCUAGGGACCGCCCUGAUUCGACAAACCGGUCCCAUCUCGGUCCGGAUCUCUUCCACCCAAAGGGGUUCUGCGAGCGAGCAGUGGAGGAGGCCCUGAAAACGAUCACUGUCAAGCGCAAGGCUAAGGCUAAGGCCACCCUCAGCACCGAGGCACCUGAUGAAGACCCAUUUACCUUCGUCUAUAACCACCCCAAGCUGACCCUACACCCUGAUCGAAACUACAAAGCCGAUGUUAACUCGAGUAGGCGAGGUCGGAAAAUAGCUUGGGAGUUGCGCGCCGAAAAGGGAGGCCAACAUCGAAAAUUUUGUCGCUUGUUCGCCACCCCCACCCGGAAGUACCUUGGGGCAUCUACUGCGCAUGUUACUUACACGCGUGAUGAAGCCUUGGCAAUCUGCCGCAAGCUGGUGGAUGCCUUGAACCGGUGGCCAGACCAGGAGGCUAUUUCUUGGAGUGGGCAAAUGCCAGCUACACUUACUACAACUUUCGCAACUCUCUUUCUCGCCGCGCAUUGCAGUGCCAUUCCAUAUAAACCUUUGGAGCUACCUCUACCAUCGGUCAUGUUUGACCCUACAGGCAGGUGUCUUUUAACACAGGGAUUCUACCGUCUCGAUCCCGAGACGUUUACUGGAGUUCUAGGGCGACGCAGGUUACCGAUUGACUGGAUCCGUACCGAUGCACCAGAGCCACAAGAUGCAGUCUUUGUAACGCCUGUACAUAGGGGACGGCAACCAAAAAUAGUCAGGGAAUUGGACGAAAUAGAAAAUCAGGACGUCCAGCGAUGCCGACGAUUCAUGCGAUACCUCUCCAGCCGAUGGGCCAGGAUGUGUCCACUCAAAACCUCGGCCGAGUCAAACAUGACCUGGUACCACGAAACCGGAAAAUUCAGGUCCGAUGCCGGGAAAUACAAGUGGGCUUAUGAUGGAGGAGCUAUCGUGUACUGUGAAAGGAUAUAUAGCUGCGACUGGACGAGGAUAGAGCCUUCGAAAUCGGUUCGACGAGAUAUUUCGGGGGAGUUGCCCAACCUUGGUCUCUGCUCUUGGGAUAUUGCUUGGAGAAACCAAGUCCUCAGUGUCAGUCUGGAAACCUGGAACGCAACGAGCGAUAUUCUUGCCACCUGGUUAUCUCUCGCCAGAGCCGUUGAUGGCGCCAACGCGCAGAUCUUCGCCGGGGAGCUGCCGCCGAACCCCUGCAAGUGCACGCCAGAGAUGACACAAAUCGUUCAGCAUCCUUGCAGCGCAUGUGGUAUUGAUAUGUCAUGCAAAUCCCUGGCCCUCGAUCAAAACAAUAUUCGAGUAUGCUCCCGAUGUCUAGCCGGGGCCCAUGGUAAUCGGCCCCCGAUAUUGGAAGCGAGGGUAAUACGAAUAUUCAAGGCGUUGAUUAGUAGGGACCGGAUAGCGAUGGGGUUGCGGGGGUCGUUGGAUAAUACCCCUUACUCGAAUGCUCUGCUAUCAUGGGUUAGGACUACCCUCGAUCACCGGCGAGGAAAGGCAUACAUCAAUCAGUAUUCCGGAAAGCUCCUUGGCGCGCUCUCUUCACCCAAGUCGCAACGGCAUCCCCUCAGUCUUAGCUGUGACGCUAUUUUCCCAUUCUCUCUCGACGACACAGGUAAGGCAGCCAUCCACUGGGUGGAUAAUCUAGCCAUGGUACCAUGGGCCUUAAAUGCCUGCAAGCACACGUACCUCCCGGUCGUUUUACAAGCGCUCGGUACAUACCGUCGCAGUCUUUUGGCCCUGUCUGGGCCUAUCAAGUCCCACGAUCACGUCGUACCUGAAGAAGUUGCCCGUCUGCAAUGCGCUCUGGUGGUGGACUGCGGGCGCUUCACUGAUAUCCGCCGCAAAUUCCCCAAAAAAAGACGAUCCCGGCUACAGCUGGAGGUUAGCCCGGAACAACUUCAGUACUUCAGAGAGGAAUGGAUUUCCGGCAGGUUCCACCUGGGAGCCCCAGCACCGAUCGAGACUAGAUGUGAAGUUAGGGUAAUCCGGCACCCUCGGUGGCUGACAGCUCGUUCUCGCCUUGCUAAGCUUGCCGAUGAAAUGCAAAGGUGGGCAGGUGUACGACUUCCCCAACGCAAUGGAUGCCCGUAUUUCGCACAUCCCAUGACGAUGCCAUACGACUGGAGCUGGACACUCGCCGAAUCGAUCUUCACGGAGCGGCUCUUCAGGAUGAGACAACAUUGCAAUCGCCAUUGGAUCACAGAAGAUACUCCAGAGACUCUCUUCCUAGAAGCCAUUUUCCAGUGCUGUGUCCGUCACAUGGCAGUCGCAAGCGUCGACCCAGAAUCCAACAUCAAGAAGGUGUUGCAGGUAAAAUACGCUGAGUUUCUGGGCCUGCCCCUAACAGUCGAAAGGGGUAACCCACUUUGUUUUGCCAUAGCUCACCGGGUCCAUGGUCAGCAAAUGCGCACCGGGUGGGCGCUCGAACCAACUCGCCUGGGGGAUCGUGUUGAUGAAAGGAAUAAUAUCCUCGUCGAAGCCGCCGUGUCUAAUUACCUCAAGAUGAACUUCGACGAGGCGUAUUACCCGAUGCUCCAAAAUCUCAUCGCCGAGAUAAAUAUGCCACGGGAGAUCGUAAACCCGGAGCUCGAGAUUGGUCCGUAUGAUGCGGCAUUGGAUGUGGCUGCAUCCACACAUGGACGGGACGGUGAAGAGAGCUCGGACGAUGACUGGGAUCAGCUGAGUGAUGAAGACGUUGUCGAAAGGGAUAAUAUCGAAGAGGACGCAGACGAAGAUAGCGCGUUGGGGCAUUUGGACUAG